AUGUCGCCUCUGCUCGUUACCUUAUCCGCCGCUCUGACACUUGGCGGAGUCCUUGAUGCCGCCAACGUUUAUAAUUCGGCCACAAAGUAUCCAGAACUGAGGCCUGAGCUUGGGAAAUACCAGGACUUUUCGAAGUGUUUCCCCGUGAAAGAGAAAUGGUACAUGACGUACCGAAGCCACGAAAUCGACCCAGGCUUUGGAGGCAAAGCUAAAUGCUUGAGGGGGUCUGUCACCGGCUCAAUGGCCGCUGGCACGGCUCCGGUUCUUCUUGGCAUUGGAGGAACCGAUACGAAAGCAACCGUGACCGUCAAAUCUACCGAGGGUUAUCGAGACAAGAACGCAUUGGAGUUCAAAACGCCCCAGGGAUCGGUAGACGUGCGCGUUGCCUACGUGGACUGCGACACUUGCAAGGUUUUUAGGCAUCCCUAUAUCAAAUCAGGUCAAGAUACCUAUAGCAAUCACGACUUCCGAGUGUAUUCGUUAUACACAGAUUGCAGCACUUGCUCUGUCUUUUGGAGCAACUACGUGGAAGAAGGGCCCGCUUGUAGUCUGGUCGUUCCCGAAAGCAACGUUGACAACAUCCCGCAACACUGCCAUUACAUAUACGACAUGCAUUGUGGUCCCACCAAAUACUGGAUCUACGACAAGAGCUGCGGUUCGAAGGACUGA